AUGUGCUUGGCAGAGCCCCCGUCACCCUGCGUGACCCCCUUGGCACCCGCUGUGCCCUGCCAGGGUGCCCCAGCUCAGCAACCUCCCCGUGCCCGGUCUGGGGGACCCCAUCGCCCCCUGCUAAUGCUGCCUCGGUCCCCAGGGAAUGACAUCGUGGAGUGGCUCAUCCAGAAGUACGGCAUCUCUGAGGAGGGUGAGUCCCCCGGCGCGGGCAGCCGGCACUGUGGCCCAGUGGCCCAGCCACAGAGCUGGCCUAUGGUAGGUGCCACUGUGCCACCAGCACCGGCGGGAGCUGCAGCCCCUUCCUGGCCCCCCCCGCCCUGAGGUGCCACCGCUCCUCUUGCAGCCAUUUACCUGGCCAAGAAGAACAUCCGCAAGCAGGGCGACCUGAUCGAGCACGAGAAGGACAGCUACAACCUCCUGCACAAGCGGAUCAACCACACGUGGGACUUCGUGGUGAUGCAGGCGCGGGAGCAGCUCCGGGCAGCCAAGCAGCGCCGGAAGGGUGACCGCAUCGUCAUCGACUGCCAGGAGCAGGCGUACUGGCUCGUCAACCGGCCCCCGCCAGGAGCCCCCAACGUGCUGGAGCAGGGCCCUGCGCGCAGGAACAGCCACACCACCCGCGUCCAGCUGGUGAGACAUCUCCCCCACGGCCGGCCCCAGAUCGAGUACUGCAGGAAGGCCAUGGCCAGGACCAGGGUGAAGUCCUCCAUCUGCCUUGAGGGGUACAUCAAGUUCAACGAGCAGUACGUGCCCCACGACCCCAUCAUGUCUGGCUGCCUGCCCAGCAACCCCUGGAUCACAGACGACACCACAUACUGGGCCAUGAAUGCCCCCACGGGGCCGACCCCCACGAAGCUGCGUGUGGAGCGCUGGGGCUUCAACUUCAGUGUGCUCCUCACCGACCCCCUGGGCCGGGCGCAGCUCCUCGAUUUCCUCAAGAAGGAGUUCAGCGCCGAGAAUCUGAGCUUCUGGGAGGCGUGUGAGGAACUGCGUUAUGGGGAGCAGUCCCGCAUCCCUGAGAUCGUGGACUCCAUCUACCAGCAGUUCCUGGCUCCCGGGGCCACGCGCUGGGUGAACAUUGACAGCAAGACCAUGGAGCGGACGCUGGAGGGCAUCAAGACGCCCCACCGCUAUGUGAUGGACGACGCCCAGAUGCACAUCUACAUGCUGAUGAAGAAGGACUCCUACCCGCGGUUCCUCAAGUCGGAGCUCUACAGGAACCUCCUGGCUGAGGCCAUCAUCCCCCCGGAGACCAAGAAGCGGGUCUUCCCCUUCAUGCGCAAGCAGCGCCGGCGGAAGGCUGAAUCCGGCCCUCACAGCCCGGGUUCUGCCGUGCUGGUGCAGCCCGUGACCCCUGCGACGCCGGCUGCUAGGCUUCAGGUCUUCUUCAUGCUGUGCAGAGGUGACUUAAGCUAA